CGGAAAGUAACAGUAUAAUUACAUUAUUAACCCGGAAUAAGUUAAUGGUAAGUCUGGUUUUUGAUUUACCUCAUGUGUAAACUCCACCAGCUGCGAGUUCCAAAUGGAUGACUAACCCCUUGUGUUAGCUCCGCCAAAAUCAACCCAUUUAAAACUUAUAACCCCUAACAGAAAAAUGAUUUUGUAGGCGCGUGUCUUACCUCGAGUGUAAGCUUGACAAAAUGGCCUCCUAACCGUACCUGGUGGAUCCUCCGUAUUCGAAGACGAAUCCGAAUCGCAUAUAACAUAUUAUCUAUUUGGAAGUGUUAUGAACCACAUAAAUUUAAUUAUUUAUACUUUCAGGAGUCUUACAAUUUUAUGGUUUACAUAGAAAUCGUCCAGCGCUAGACCAGUUUGUAGAUGGUCUAAAAACGUGCAAUAUUUUUGGACUGAUGGCAGAGUACCCAGACUGUUUUCAUCCAGUGAUGUGUGAGACAAAACUGAAAUUAACUGCCAAGUCACUCGAAGAUUGCUUUGACAUAGUUUACAAUCCCAGUGGAAGUAAUAAGCGCCAAACAGAAAACCGCAUUUUGGCAUUCUUUAGGGACUAUUUACUGGACAGCGAAGGCGGUGAAAGUGAAGCCACUUUGGCAGAUAUUUUGAUAUUUAUAACGGGAGCAGAUACAAUUCCUCCAUUGGGCUUUCCAUUGCAGCCGAAGAUAUUGUUUGGACAUGAAACUAAUUCACUAUAUCCAAAGGCUAACACUUGCGCACUGCAGUUAGAACUGCCUGUAGUUCAUUCAGAUUAUGACAGUUUUAAGAAAUCUAUGGAGUUUGGGAUUUUAAACUGCAAUGAUUUUGCUUUCGCAUAAUCUGUUCUUAGGCAAUGUGUCUUUUUCAACAGCUGUUACGUGAAUAUAUCAGUCUCUUAUCUUAAAAAUGUGCACAUCUGGCCU